ACAAAGUACACAACAUUUCAAGCUCUUGUUUUUGUCGCUACAACUCAUUGAGUUAAAAGAAGAUAUUUCCUCACAGAUGCGCCCUAAAAUACAAGUCCAGCACGUCACUAAUCACGUGAAACAUUUGGAAGAGCAGAUACAGAUUAUGGAGUCUGUUAUUGAAGCGAUGAAAUUUGUAGUCGAGAAAAGUAAGACUUGGAUAGAAGACCAGAAUAGCCUUCCGUCCUUGACCUACAUUGAAUUACAAGAAGAACUUGACUCAGCAUCCACAUCCUUGCUGAAUGUGUCGGCAGAAAUUUUAAAACAAAACAAUGAAGACAUAGAUGAACACGAACAACCUCGAGACCAGACUACUCAACACACUACAAUACAAUUUGCAGCAGCUGAAUCAAAAGGACAAUUUGGACAAUUUGCUGAUAUCGCAAGCAGCCUACAACAAAUUGAAAAGACUCUAUCCUCUCUUCAAGACGCAAAAGAAAAAACAGAAGAUGACAUUUCAGAAAUAAAACAAUGGAGAAACAGCUUUAUAGCAGAACAAACUGACACUAACAUAAGCUUUGAACAGUUUUCUAGUAAACAAAAACAGAAUUUUAAGAACUUAAGAAAAUUCGUUAAUGAGCAAGAUGAUAAAGUAAUGGAACUAAACAAAAGUAUCGAAAAACUAAAAGAAAAAGAAUCCAAGUCAAACAAAACAGUAGAAAAACUGUCUUUAUAUAUGAAAGAAUAUGAAACCAACGCGCAUACAAUAAAUAAAGAUUUAAAAACGCAGUCGGACAAAAUUGACGAUAUAAGACAAGAGAUAAAAAGACAUUCUGAUCUCAUUUCUGCGUUACAAGUGGAUGGCAAGAACCAUUUGAUUGAUACUAGACAAAAAUUUGUGGACCUCCUCGCGAAGAACAAUGUUAUGUACAAAAUUCUACAGCAAAGACUGAUGCCUCUUGACAAAAUGAUUCGAAUCUUUAAUAGAGAAGGCAAUACUAGAAAGCUGGAAAAUCUAGAAAAAUAUAUUGUAGAACUAUCACACGAAUUUCACGCAGCAGAAACACGAAUGUACAAAAGAUAUGUUUGUCAUAUGCAGCUGGCAAGUAUAACAAUUGUCCGAUCUACUUCAAUCAUUUCAACAUUUAAUGAAGUACAUGAAUACAACGGACAAAACUUCAAUCAAACAACAGGGAUAUUUAAUUCGCCACAUGAUGGUUUAUAUCUUGUCUGUGUAACUCUACAUGUUUGGGAAAAUAAACAGAUUGGAGUUGGUGUAAUGAGUGAUGACAGAUGUUGUAUGUAUGUAGAAAUUAAAUGUGCCGGCAAUAGCGCUGCUGGGUCAGUGGUUGUUGACAUGAAGAAAGGUCAAGAACUUUACUUUCAACUGGAUCACACUGACCGAGACGCAAAAUUAUCCUGCUAUAGUAGUUUUACUAUAGUUAGUUUAUAGAACUACAAAUUUAUUUUCUUUUAAAUGGAAUAUAAUCUCAUAGAAAAAUAAAUCGGCAACCAAAUGUGUAUAAUAGUGCGAAAUAAAUUUAAAAAAAAAAACAUUCGUAUGCGCUUUUUGAGAAAUCGGAGAUAGGAUAAAGUACUACUUCCGGUUACCAGAAAUUACUCAACAUUUGUCAGAAAUAGAGCAUUAGAUCUUCUACAUAUAUGUGACAUUUCUUCUAUCGAACUGAAAAAAGUAAUUAAGUUAUAUGAUUUUGAAAAAUUUAAAG